UAUUGUCUGCCCUGAUGAUAUGUGAUAAUAAUUUGUGAUCCUGUUGUCUUAAAAUGGGGUCACUCAUCUCCAGUAGAAUUAAGUCCACAGUGAAGUUGUCCCCCGAUCCCCAAAAAGAUAAACAUAUAUGAAUGAACUCACGUGAUAACAACUACUGCUGCCUGGGAUCAUGAGAGGCCUGAACUGAACUGAUAGGAAGUGAAAGGUGGCUGAGAUAAUGAGAAUAGACCCAUCUGCAGAGGAUCAUAAAACCAGCAAAGACAAGGUCUUGUCUAAGAUGCCUUCACAAGCUUUGUCCAUGAGAACUCUAAGGAUUUCUCCAGACCUCUUGGCUGCUGCUGUGAUCUCUGCCCAAGAGGAGCCUCUGACCAGCAUCCAAAGGGCUUCUGGACCCACGGGACUCUUCUGGAGGGUCGACCUCGAGUUUGACCAGCAACAGGGGUUGCUGUGUCCCUCUGAAUCUGAGAUCUAUGAGGCAGGAGUUGGGGACAGGUUGGCAGGAGCGCCCAUGGCUGCUGCUGUACAGCCUGCUGAGGUGACUGUUGAAGUUGGUGAGGACCUCCAUAUGCACCACAUCUAUGACCGGGAGAUGCCUGAAGCUUUGGAGUUUAACCCUUCUGCCAAUCCAGAGGCAAGCACAAUAUUCCAGAGGAACUCCCAAACAGAUGCUUUGGAGUUUAACCCUUCUGCCAAUCCAGAGGCAAGCACAAUAUUCCAGAGGAACUCUCAAACAGAUGUUGUAGAAAUAAGAAGAAGCAACUAUACAAACCAUGUAUCUACUGAGCGUUUCAGUCAAAAAUGCAGCUUGUGUUUGACAAUAUUCCUUGAUGACAGCACAGCCAGCCAGCAUUAUCUUACAACGACAAUAAUAUCUGUGACCUUGAAGAUACCUCAUCAUAUCAUGCAAAGAGAUGCAGAUAGAUCUUUGAGCAUAUGUGAUGACGGUUAUGCUCAUUUACGGUAAGUUUCCACCGUGCGCAUUACCCAGACAAGAAAUGGAGGUGGGAGUUUAAAUAACUAUUCCUCCUCCAUUCCAUCGACUCCCAGCACCAGCCAGGAGGACCUUCAGAUCAGUGUUCCUCCCACUGCCAACACACCCACGUCCGUUUGCAAGCAGUCCGUGCGCUGGUCCAACCUGUUUACAUCUGAGAAAGGGAGUGACCCAGACAAAGAGAAGAAAGCCCCGGAGAGUCAUGCUCACACCGUCGGGAGCAGCAGAGCCAUCCCCAUUAAACAGGGCAUGCUCUUAAAGCGAAGUGGGAAAUGGCUGAAGACAUGGAAAAAGAAACAUGUCACCCUGGGUUCCAAUGGCAUGCUCACCUAUUAUUCAAGCUUAGGUGAUUAUAUGAAGAAUAUUCAUAAAAAAGAGAUUGACCUUCGGACAUCUACCAUCAAAGUCCCAGGAAAGUGGCCACCCCUAGCCACAUCGGCCUGCGUGCCCAUCUCCAGCUCUAAAAGCAGUGGCCUAUCCAAGAACAUGAACGGUCUACAUAUCUCAGCCAAUUCAGACACUGGGCUGGGUGACUCCAUAU